CGCAGAACAUGAGCGCCAACCCCGCUGAGCGGACACCACACGCCACCCAUGCUUUCACCACGCUAAUACUCAGACAACCUGCCGCUUUUUAGGCACAAACUCACAUUUAUUCAGCUGUAUUUGUUUCCGUUUUGUCGCUUUUUUGUGUUUUUUUUUUGGAUGCGCCAUGAAGGAACGCUGGAGGAGUUGUGGCGCGGGGCUGGUGUUGGCGUGGACGUGGGUCUGGAGUGUGGCGUGGUGCAUCCCCGCUAACGAAGUUAACUUGCUGGAUUCUCGCUCUGUGAUGGGUGACCUUGGAUGGGUGGCAUACCCGAAAAAUGGGUGGGAGGAAAUCGGGGAAGUGGAUGAAGACUAUGCCCCCAUCCACACUUACCAAGUGUGUCGGGUCAUGGAGCAGAACCAGAACAACUGGCUUCACACCAACUGGAUAUUGACGGAGGGAGCCCAGCGAGUCUACAUAGAGCUGAAGUUCACCCUGAGAGACUGCAACAGCCUCCCUGGGGGCGUCGGGACCUGUAAGGAGACCUUUAACAUGUACUACUAUGAGACAGACGGGGAUGAAAUGGAAGAUGGAGAGAUGAGGGACGGAGAGGGGAUCACGGUGGAGGAAGACAGGGCGAUGAAGGAGAGCCGCUACAUCAAAAUCGACACCAUCGCAGCUGACGAGAGCUUCACAGAGCUCGACCUCGGGGAUCGGGUUAUGAAGCUCAACACGGAAGUCCGUGAUUUAGGCCCUUUGACUCGGAAGGGCUUCUACUUGGCCUUUCAGGAUUUGGGAGCCUGCAUCGCUCUCGUGUCGGUGCGGGUUUUCUACAAACGCUGUCCGUUCCUUGUGAAAAGCCUGGCCGAGUUCUCCGACACUAUCCCGGGAUCAGAGGCCUCGCAGCUGGUGGAGGUGGUGGGUCGCUGUGUCAACAACUCGCUGCCUUUGUAUGAGCCUCCCAGGAUGCAUUGCAGCACCGAGGGAGAAUGGCUGGUGCCCAUCGGGAAGUGUGUGUGCCAGCAGGGAUUUGAGGAAAGCGGUGGAUCCUGUCAAGCUUGCAAAAUGGGGUUUUACCGCUCGCUGCUGGAGUCUUUGGCCUGCAGUAAAUGUCCACCCCACAGCGUGGCCCGGCACCCAGGAGCUACGUCAUGCAGCUGUGAAGAAGGAUACUACAAGAUUGACUCAGAUCCUCCCAAUAUGGCCUGCACACGACCUCCUUCUGCUCCUCGGAACGCAAUCUCCAACGUCAACGAGACCAGCGUCUUUCUGGAGUGGUCCGUUCCCAUGGAGACAGGCGGCAGGAAGGAUGUCGGUUACAACGUCCUGUGCAGACGAGUCUUGCCGGACGGGAGGGGCUUGGAAGAGUGCGGCCCCAACGUCCGCUUUCUCCCGCGCCACGUGGGCCUGUCCAACACCUCUGUGAUGGUGGCCGACCUGCAGUCCCACACAAACUACAGCUUCCUGCUGGAGGCCAUCAACGGCGUGUCGGAGCUGGCCAAAGACCGCACUAAGCAGUACGUGUCACUCAAUGUGACCACCAAUCAGGCUGCACCUUCCCCCGUGAGUGUGGUGAGAAAGGGUCAUGCCGGGAAGAGCAGCAUCGCGCUUUCAUGGGCAGAACCGGACCGACCGAACGGCAUCAUCCUGGAAUAUGAGAUCAAGUAUUUUGAGAAGGAGCAGGACUCCAGCUACACCAUCAUCAAAUCCAGGGAGACGGAGAUGGUGGUGGAAGGCCUGAAGCCAUCUUCAGUCUACAUCUUUCAGGUUCGAGCCAGGACAUCUGCAGGCUACGGUGCUUUCAGCAGACGUUUUGAAUUCCAGACAAGUCCUUACUUGACAGCCACUAGCGAGCGUGCCCAAGCUUCCAUUGUAGCCGUGGCCAUCACGCUGGCGCUGGUCCUACUGGCAGUGGUGGCUGGAUUUCUACUCAGCGGACGGCGCUGUGGCUACAGCAAAGCUAAGCAAGAUCCUGAAGAGGAGAAAAUGCACUUCCAUAACGGCCACAUCAAGUUCCCUGGAGUUCGCACCUACAUUGACCCCCUCACAUACGAAGACCCUAACCAGGCUGUGCAUGAGUUUACCCAAGAGAUUGACGUGUCGUUCAUCUCCAUUGAAAGGAUCAUUGGAGCAGGGGAGUUUGGCGAGGUAUGCAGCGGCCCGCUAAGACUGCCAGGGAAAAGAGAGAUGCAGGUUGCCAUCAAGACACUGAAAGCCGGCUACACCGAGCAUCAGAGACGGGACUUCCUGUGGGAGGCGUCCAUCAUGGGCCAGUUUAACCAUCCUAACAUCAUCCGCCUGGAGGGCGUGGUCACCAAGAGCAAACCAGUGAUGAUCAUCACUGAAUAUAUGGAGAAUGGAUCACUGGAUACGUUCCUGAAGAAAAAUGAUGGCCAGUUCACUGUGAUCCAGCUGGUGGGAAUGCUGCGUGGCAUCGCAUCUGGCAUGAGGUACUUGUCCGACAUGGGCUACGUCCACCGCGAUCUGGCAGCUCGCAACAUCCUGGUCAACAGUAACCUCGUGUGCAAAGUGUCUGAUUUCGGCCUGUCCCGCGUCUUAGAGGACGACCCCGAGGCUGCGUACACCACCCGGGGCGGGAAAAUUCCAAUUCGCUGGACAGCUCCGGAGGCAAUCGCAUACAGGAAGUUCACCUCGGCCAGCGACGUGUGGAGUUACGGCAUUGUCAUGUGGGAAGUGAUGUCCUACGGAGAGAGGCCCUACUGGGAGAUGUCCAAUCAAGAUGUCAUCAAAGCAGUAGAAGAAAGCUAUAGGUUACCAGGUCCCAUGGAUUGCCCCGAGGCCUUGUACCACCUCAUGAUGGACUGCUGGCAGCGAGAACGCAGCAACCGACCCAAGUUUGAUGAGAUCGUCUGUCUAUUAGACAAACUCAUUCGCAACCCCUGCUCGCUGAAAAAACUGGUCAACUCCUCGCACAGGGUGUCCAACCUGUUGGUGGAGCAUGCCAGCAUAGACGGGGACUGCAACGUGUGGAGCAAAACUGUGGGAGAGUGGCUGGAUUCCAUCAAGAUGGGCCGCUAUACCGAACUCUUCAUGGAAGGAGGCUACUCUUCACUGGAAACAGUCACUCAGAUGACCUCAGAGGACUUGCGGCGAGUUGGGGUGAACCUAGCAGGACAUCAGAAAAAAAUCAUCACUAGUAUUCAGGAGAUGAGAGUCCAUAUGAACAGCUCCAAUGCCAGUGUAAACAUCUGAUGACAACCGACGCACAAUACAUGUGGACCUAGUGUGAGUUGAAAAAAUGGACCUAGAGCGGCUUAGCACUUUCUAAUGACGAGGAAACACAGUUUUUAUGGACCAGUAAGGGGAUUUUUUGGUGUUGCAGACCAAACCGAAGGGAACUGAGUGGGUUUACAAUGAAGGGAAUCCGGUGGACUCAACAUUCGAUUCAGACUCUCAGAGACUUUGAGAGCAACCAGCACUUUUUGGCUAAAUCACAAAUAUGUCAGGCCUGUCUCAGGUUACCUUGAGUCCAGCGGUUCUGUAUGGUAAUUGGAUCUGGAAGCACAGUCGUGUUGGGAGUCUCUGAAGUGAUCACCGGCGUGGUAUUAACGGACCAUCAUCUGCCAUGUUGAUGUGUGUUUGGGGGUCUUAACUGGCUGUCAAACAAAUGUAAGAUCCCGAGUCCCAUCCUAUCACAUUUCCAUCAUGACCUUUCAAUGAGUGGCAAGGAUGAGUGAAAGCUGAAAUGCAUCAAAGGUGCGAUGGCGCCUUUCUGGCUCUACGGACCUGUCUCUGCUCUGGAUGAAUGUAUAGGAGGUUUAAGCACUCUUUCUACACGCUAAGGUUCUUCUAAAGUUUGCUCGCGGAUUGCAUGACCAAUUUUUUCCCCGGGGUGGGGGGGGAGAUGCACCGAACUGUGUCCACGCCACUCAUUCAGAUCAGCCACACCGUUUCAUCGGGAUUAGUUGACGGCUGCGCUGGUUGAAGUGGAAGGAUUCUACUCGAACCCAAUGGAACAUUCAAGCGCUGGUGAAGAAUUCGAGUGAAUUGUUUGACCUUCUCACGGAUCCUUGCCUUCCACCAGGAUUCAGGUACGGCAAACUCAGCAGUCUCUUCAGUUCAUGCAACAGGAUCUCCUCGGACACACCUCACUCCAACUGGAACCGCUGGCAAACGGAGGCAAUAUAAAAUAAAUGGAUAAUCACUUAUUUAUUAUUUCUUGAUAUUUAUAGAAAAAUGCAAAAAAUGUUUUGUGUUUUAUCUGUGAAGCUCCGCCUAUAUGUGUAUUUCAUGUAUAUAAUGUAUGAUAGAUAUUUAAAGCAGGGAGCAUUGUACUUCUGUCUAUCAUCAUGUGGACACGCUGGUAUUGAUCAAGCAACUCAGAGUAGAAGAAUUUCUAUUUAUUAGUUAACCAUGGCAACAUUCAUGAAAGAGAGGGCCACUGUUAAAGUUCAUAUUUUGCGAGUUUUGCGAGUCAUUUCCAAAGUCUAGUGAUAUUUCAAUACAGUACCAGUACAUAUUUUACUAUGUCAUAUUUACAGCCUGAAAGAAAUAUGAACCUUUUGUGUGGAUGAAAAGUGCAUAUACUUUGUCCAUGACGUGCUGUUUUUAAUUUAUUUUAAUUGUUUUUGUUAUUGCUCAAACACUGUUGUCUGCUUGUGAACAAGGAGUACUGGGGCCAUACUAACAUAUCCAGGCGUCCUUCGCAAUAUCGCAGUUCCAUUAUCGCUAUAUCACAUUUUGUCAUAAAUCAAUUAAUUUAUGAAAGAUUGCUGUUUGGUGGGAGACUUUGGUCUACUAUUAUUCAUCAAAACAUAUCGAAAUGCAAGCGAUGUGUACUGUAGUAUUCUGGUCACUAGGCAGCAGUAAUGAGACAUCCAUCCUUAUUACAUUACCCUACCUUGCACUCGACGUAGCCAGCCGUGGAUGCCGAGUUAUUAUUUAUUCCCAACUUUGUCCUUAUUUCAGCUUGAUUCUUAUAAUUCCAUGAUUUUGUCGUCCUUGGAUUAUUGUUUUUCUUUGCAGUGUGGCCCGACUACUCCUUCAAAGCUUGUACUGUGGUGUACAUGUGCUGGAAAAGAGGGGAAAUUACAAACUAGUUUUAUAAGAGACGGGAUCGGAGGGACAUUCACUGGACGGUUCCAUAAGCACACAAGAAGAAUGUACGAUCUUAAAGGGGUGUUUCACUUUUUAGUGAACAUGUUGGUUGGUUGGAAGCAGUUAUGGUGUUAAAACUUAGAGUAUGUCUGCUUUUUGAAUUAUGUCCCUGUUUUGCUAGAUAUCGGUUUUCCCUAAUAUAAAAGUAUUUGUACUUUUAUUGGUUAACAAUUGAAAACAAGGCGGAGUUUUCAGUGAACGGCUCAGUGAUUCAUGAUUUUAUUGGCAGAAGUAAAGUAUAUGUACAACUCAGUGGGAGGUAACAGCCAUAUGGACCAUUAUUUGUACAGUGGAGAGGACAUACAGUACAGUGAAAGUCACUGAGCUGGGUGUGUUUGAUUUAUGGCCUAGCAUUUCUUAAAUUCCUCAUUCACACCAUAAUUACUUCAAAACAUUUUGACGACACGCAACCGUACUAUUAUUCACCCUGAUUCGGAAAGCUGUGCCUCGGGCAUGAACAACUGGAAAACUGUACACUCUUACAAGUGCCUCGUAUCUUUUUUUAGCACCACCGUUUCCUCCCCCCCUGCCAAAAUGCUUCGCCCCCCAUGGUGCCCGGCGUUUUUAUUGAUGUACCUUUUUGCCAACGUUAUCCGCAGGCAAUAAGAAGAAUGUCAGACAAUGUGUAUGUUGGAACUAAUUUCAUUUGCACUUUAUGAUCAAUUUGUUGCCCUGCUUUUUCAUUCGCCGACAGAAAGUCGGUGCAAAAUUGGGUUUGCGAUAUCGGGUUUUGACACAUGAGCACAAAGCUGUGGAAAUAUUUUUUUAAGCAAAUUCAGGGGUGUAGACCAUUGUUUUCUCAUGUAUGGCACAAUUUUUGGGUGUGAUUGUAGCGUAGACACUAAAUAACAACCAUGUUUGUGGGACAGCAUUUCACUGCAAAGUUACAGAGUUUGAAAAGAUGAAGUAGGUAUUGUUUUUUUGUUACAAUCAAUGAUAAACAUAAAGGUUCAUUUCCAGUUAUCUCCAGCAUGUCAGGGUGUGCUCACGCUGCACCGAUCACGCCUAAAGUCCGGCUAGUGUACCGAUUGGUGCCCAGGCACGGCACACCUACCCACCUUUGGCGGGCUAGGAAACGGCACAUCUACACGCACAUGCGUGUCAUAGAAUGACGCGAUCGCUCCUCGCAAGUUCUUAAUGAUAACCAACACAUUUCAUAAUUGAAAUGCAAAGAAAGACUCGAAAUAAUCAGUCACAGAACACAGCACGCUCGCUCGCAUGCAACAACGUGCGUUUGGGUAAAGAAGACGCGUCAUUUAAUUCAUGCGAUUGCGCCUCUCGCAAGUAAGUUACGACAGCCGCCAUCCUUGCACAAUGUAAAUAGUCAGAAUGGCUUGAAUUAAGACUGGAAAUAAUCCACAAAGUCAAGGAAGUUGCAGUAAUACAGCAAUACACAGUCAUGGAAAAAAUGAUCAGACCACCCUUGUUUCUUCAGUUUCUUGUUCAUUUGAACGCAUGAUGCAACUAAAGGUACCUUUGUAUAGACAAAUAUAACAAGGACAACACAAAUAGUCACAUUUUUUGGCAGUACAAUGCUAUAGCUGUUCAUGUAAGUGAUUUUGGCUAUCAAGAAAAGCAUGGAAGUUGCUGGAUAUCAGCUCUUAAAUUCAAUGAGCUAUAUUUGAUAUCAUCAUUAUAUUUGUCCAAACAAAUGUACCUUUAGUUGUAGCUGCCUUUAAAAUGGAUCAAUAAACUGAAGAAAAAAGGGUGCUGUCAUCAUUUUUUCAUGACUGUAGAAGUGGGAAAAGCAAACAGUGUGAGUACGCCUUUAGUCUUUAAUCCUGAUCCUGUCACGACUGACGGUAGCUGUCGGAGACUUAACCCCCGGUAUGCAGAGAGGAGGCGGCGAAGUGCAAAAAUAAAAGUAAUUUUAUUGCACAGGUGCAGGGAAUCACAAAAGGACAAAACCAAAAGCGACAGAGAAGAAGCUCUGUGGGAAAAAUAUAAAAGUAAUAUAAACAGGUAAGUUUAGGUGACAGCACCGGUAGGGCAACGAGGUCCAAUAACAACAAUGAACCAGCGCCACGCAUUCGACGGCGCUGGUCUUUUAACUGCCACUAAUGAACAUUGGCCGCAGCUGUGCGGCCACCAGGCGUGGAGCGGAAGCACCGCUCGCCAGAAUAAGGGCGCAGGACAGGAAGUACUCGCUCCUGUCCUGCGUAACAUGACAGAUCCAGCGCCAAGUGUCUGUUGUCAUUGUUGGGAUGUUUUCUCUAAAGCAACUACAGUGAAACCUGAACGCUCGACCACACCGUUGUGGAACGUCAGUCAACCUCCGAUUUGUUUGCGUUUUUUAAACAAUUUUUCCCAUUGACAAAAAAAGUGGGGGUGGAAACGUGCCAUCCUGCGACCUUUAUGGACCGUGUAGAACAAAUAGCAAUCAGUAUGUGCUAAACCACUAUAAUAUAAAACUACUGAUUACAUCUGCUUACAUGGGGCUUGUUGUGUGAGCAUCACAGAAGGUGAGAUGACGUUUUAACAUUUUUAACUGUCUAAGAAGAAGUGAACUACGGUGCGAACGUCCUAAGGGAUGAUUCUUGGAUUCCUGUGUGUGCCCGAGAGGUGAGCAUCUGCCCAUUAACACUAGCAACAGCUGACAUUACAGCAUGCAUACGGUGGUACCUCGCUGUUCGUUAUGAACUCGUUCCAAAAGCGCAGACAAAAACUGAAACAUGUGAAAGCUAACGUUGUUUGACCCCAUGGCGGGUUAUUUUGCAGCCAUACUCGAUAAGAAAUGGACGGACAGUGAGUCAGGAAUGCGUACGGAACGUUACAGUACAGGCGGGUCGCACGGUCUUCAGCCUCCUUUUUGUGCCUCCUUUCAGUCGCGACAAAAGAAAAAAAAUAUGAUUUAUCCAUGUAAUUAUCCCUAUAUUACUUUACUUGGUUUAUUUUAUAUCUUGGUGCUCCAAGUGAAUUUUUAAAAAGUCUUCUUCUUGAGCGGCCAUUCCCCCAUGGUAAGCUAACCAUGAAUGCUUCCAAAAAAUAAAUAAUUCAUCAAUAUCGGCCUACAGUAAUCAGAACUUAUAUUGCCCCGAUAUCGGGAAGAUCGGUAUUGAGCAGAAACACAAGUCACAUGAAACAGACACUCACUUUUCAGAGAAACACAUCUUGUUUCAGUCCUAAAGAAAUGUUCUUCAAUUUAUGUGUUUUCUAAAACUGUGUUUUUUAUUUUAUUAUCUUCAAGUGGGCUACAUUUGAUUUUAGUUUUGCAGGAAGGCCCCCAAGAGGCUUUGCAAACUGCACUUGUUGUGUUCUGUUGUUGUAAUGGGUAAAAAAUUUUAAAAAGACUAAAACUUGUGUUACGUUUGCGGCUCCAGGCUAUUUUUCUUUCGUAUGACCCCUGGCCUAGUGGCAUGUUGGCCACAUAGUCAGGAGAUUGGGAAAAGCUGGGGUUGGACUCUGUUUGGCAUCUCUGUGUGGAGUUUGCAUGUCCUCCCCGUGCGUGCCUGGGAUUUCCAGGUACUCCACAUUCCAAAAAUAUGGACGUUAGGUUAAUUGGAGAGGCUAAAUUGUCCAUUAUGGUUUGUUUGUCUAUAGGAGGCCCUGCGAUUGGCUGGCGACCAGUCCAGGGGGUACCCCGGUUCUCGCCCAAAGUCAGCAAGGAUAGGCUCCAGCAUACCCCCGCAUCCCGUGUGAGGAUAAGCGGCAUAGAAAAUGAGAAAGGACUCAUUUUUUAUGCUCAAUAUUGUAAGGAAAUUUUGUACGAGGCUUGACGGUGUAUAUGAAUGUCACUUAAUGCCAUGGUGUGCUUAGCAGCCGGGACUGAAACAACUGUACCACAUUUGUCACUACUGGACGUCAUCACACUUUUCCUUUUUGCCAUUGUUGGUGCAAACCAGGUAAAAGAAACGCUUCAUCCUUGCAAUUUGCAUUUCGUUAUUGGCCACAGCACAUUGUAAAAGUACUGUCGGUUUAAUCCACUUUAAUAAUAAAGGCGUCCUCGGUAUUUCUUUCAUUUCUCUGUAUGCUCUCUGUAUGACGUCCCUCCGUUACUCACUGAACUGAGGUUUCACACUGAUGGUGACGGUUCAGGCUUCCGAGUUUUUCUGCUGUUUUUUUUGGUCACACUUUACAAUAAGGUACACAAAUUUACAGUAGUUAGUGAGAACUCAUGAAGAACUAAUGAGGAACUAAUUGCUAAGCCACAUAAAUUUACAGUAGUUACUGAGGAACUCAUGAAGAACUAAUGAGGAACUAAUUGCUAAGCCACAUAAAUUUACAGUAGUUACUGAGGAACUCAUGAAGAACUAAUGAGGAACUAAUGACGAAGACACAAAUUUACAGUAGUUACUGAGGAACUCAUGAAGAACUAAUGAAGAACUAAUGACCAAGACAUCAAUUUAGACUAGUUACUGAGGAACUAAUGACUAAGGCACAUACAGUUACACUAGUUACUGAGGAACUAAUGAGGAACAAAUGACCAAGGCACAUACAUUUACACUAGUUACUGAGGAACUAAUGAGGAACUAAUGACUAAGGCACAUACAAUUACACUAGUUACUGAGGAACUAAUGAAGCACCAAUGACUAAGGCACAUAAAUUUAGACUACUUACUGAGGAUCCAAUGAGUAGAGGGAUUACUGAGGAACUAAAGCCCAUUUAGAGUAGUUGGUGAGGAACUAAUGAAGAACUAAUGAGUGGUGGUUAGGGUUAGGUAUGUUUGUUCCUCGUUAACUACUGUAAUUUUGUACCUUACUGUAAAGUGUUACAGUUUUUUUUCCUGGAGUGAUCCUUGUGGUGGUCGCAUUUUGAGGUUCCGCGAUGGAAGUUUGUUUAAUUGCUGAUUAAAGCAGGUUUUGAUUCCAUUUCGCCAAUGUACAAAAGCAAUACCUUUUAUAUAAGUAACAACAAUAUGAGAGCUAUAAAGGGUUUUUUGUUGGCAGAUGUAUUUGUUGGUGUUUCUUCUUCUGUAGUUGAAUCUUUAAGUCAAAUAACAAGCAAUGUGCGAUUUCAAGCCUAUGUCAAACAUACAAUGCCGUUAUGGCGUUACUUGAUCAUUUACCAAUCCUGAAAAUCACCUGCACAAUUCAUGUUUAAGAGAAAUAACUCAAAUGUCAUGAUUAUGCUUGUCAUGUCGAUCAUAAUAGUCAUAAAAGAAGCAUUCUACCACCUGUGAUGUGCUUUUUGAUUGAACUUGACGAUCGGGUCCAGCUGAUGUCUUUGUGAUGCGGCAGCCGCCUGCUGUACGUUUGUCCACACGGCUCUUUUAUGACGAACGAGAAGAAAAGACAGGUUGAAUCUGGACAUUUUCAUAUGUAAAAAUGUGCGGCUGAUAAUUUUCCCCCAGGCUGAAAAAAAAUAUUUUUUGUUUGUUUUUGGACUCGACAGUUUUGGAUUGAUUGAAAGCACAGUAAAGCAUACUCAGUAACUGUUGUGCUAUUAGUUUGUCUUUGAGACUGUCAUGUAUUAUGUUUGUGUUGCUGUUUUUGUAGCGUGUUCUCAAAUUCUAUAUUUUUGCAAUAAAAUUGUACAAACUUAUGAUUGGGGAAUUGUCCCUAUUUGCAGCCUGCGUGCGAAAACGUUCCAACCAGAGGGAUUACAGAAUGCAUGCCUUUGUUUUGGUAAAAACCCUUUCGGCAGCGCGUGUCAAAGGGCACCUCCUCUUGCAGGUGAGAAAAUAGCUGGGUAGCAGUCUGCAUAAUCAAGGUGAUGACCAUCAUUUAGCUGCUCCGCUGACGCCUCCGGGCUUGUUGAGGCAAUCACAGAGAGAAUGAGAGAUGACGUAUCCCACAUAAAUACUUUAUCAAUGAGGCCAUUUUUAAUAAACUCCACUGGAUUUUUGUAUCAUUCAUUAUUCAUGUCUAUUUUCCAUGUUUACUAUGCAUGAACAGUACCAGGCCAUGCUGGCAGACUGACAGUUCAGUGCCUCUAAAGUCAAAUUUGGUGUUUGACCAAAGGUGUGGGCUCCAGACACUUGGCCUCCUCCUCCUUCUUGGCCUCCACUCACAAUUUUGAUGACUUUGGACCUGACUUGACAAUAUCAUGAAAGACCUGCAACCUGACUUGGGACUUUAGUCUGAUGACUUGAAAAUACUUGAGAUUUUCAGUGAAUGUGUUGAGUGUGUCCCCAUUCAAAGUAUUCAACUAACAUGAUUGUUAAUAUAUCAUUUCCAGUAAGACACUUUAUCCAGGCGUUGAUGUUUAGCCAAUUUUGCAACAUUGUGGCUACAACAAAAUUGUGUUUUGAGAGCGUUUUGGCUAGAAAGGCUGGGAUACCUGCUAAAUCCACUGGAGGAGCGCUACCCGGACCGAAAAAUGCCACAAAAUCACACUUCAGAAGACAUUAAGUGCUUUUUCUUUGGCUUUUUGUGACAAUUCCAAAACAGUAAGCCCCACAGGUGUGGGCUCCAGACACUCGACUUGGACUCCAGUCACAAUUUUCAUGACUUUGGACACGAGUUGACAAGAUCAUCAAAGAUUUGCAACUCGACUUGGACUUGGACAGCAAUGACUCGGGACUUUAGUCUGAUGAUUUACAGUAAAUAUAAAUAUUGAUAAUAUUAAAAUGCUUGAGGCUUCCAGUGAAUGUGUUGAGUAAAAUGUGUCCCCAUUCAAAGUAUUCAACUAACAUGAUCGUUAUGUCAUUUCCAGUAACAAUAAGACAAGUCUUGUCACACUGGUCUUGUUUUAUUUUAAAAAUCAAAUGCAUUCAUUGUAAUUGUCAAAUGUAAUGGAUUGUUACGUUGUUAAAAGGGCAUUUUACUUAACAGUGCUUAUGACUUGUAAGGACUCGAAAAUGACUUUGGACUUGACUCGAUCAGCAUGUCUUUAUUUGAGACUUGACUGGAGACUUACUUGAGACUUGCAAAACACUGACUUUCUCCCACCUCUGGUAAGACCCCAGCAGCCAGGCUGGUCAACACUUCUUCCCAGUAAGGCCCAUUUCUGUUUCUAUGGUUAUCAUCACACCCAUUUUAUUUUGUUAUUACCAAAACACACAACUAAGAGGAAGGAAAAGGAAAGCACUUGCUGCGAUACACGUGUCAGCUAAAGUACAGUUUCCCUGUUUUACUGUUAACAGCGGUUUACUUCUUUUUACACUUGAAUUUAAAACGCCUUAGACAUUAAAGUGAAUGUUUACUGUUUUAUUGUGUUGUUUCUGUUUUGUAUUGUUUUACUGGCAGCGAAUGACUUACUUUCACGCUUGUAUUACACAACAUUAAAAUACCUCAGUUUUAGUCAUUAUUGUUUUACCUUUUUAAUAAUAAAUCACAUUUGUAUUUUAAUGUAGAAAAUUUUUACACGUGUAUG